GAUCCAAGUUCAAGUGCCGGAAAUAUUUAAGCAUUCUGUCAUUUUUAAUCUUAAACACUAAAACAUUUAGUAUCUAAUACUGAUAUUAGCCAAACCAAAUGAGAUAAAUAGUAUUUGUUAUUAAGUUCUUUUGUUAGAUGUUUUUUUAUGUAGUUGGUGAUAACAGUAGGCAACUGACACCCAUGUUCUGAAACGAGUCUUACGCCAACAGACAACGUACGAUUGAAAACUAAAAGAAAUCGUGUGAAUGGGUCAUGGCAUGAGAGGCUUUUUCUCUGGAGUCUCGGUGACUGUCAGCUUGUUGAGGGGCUGAACCCAGGGAACAGGGAGGGUUCCCCCCUGGAGCACAGAGGGUUAAGGUCCUUGCUCAGGGGCCCUGAGGCUAUAAAGGCCCCAAGGUGGGGAAGUGGUGGCUCAGGUAGGCUCUUGGUUACUGAUCAGAAGGUCGGGGUUCAAGCCCUGGUAUCACCAAGCUGCCACUCUUGGACCCUUGACAAGGACCUUAACCCUCUGUGUUCCAAGGGGGCUCUAUCAUGGCUAACCCACCCUAACCUCCUAACAUCUCUGGGAUAUGUGAAAUUCGUUAUUUUAUUAUUUAGCUUGGCGGUGCUGGAGAUUUAACCCUACAACCUUCCAAUAACCAGUAACCCAGAGCCUUAACCACCAGUCACCACUUCCCCUAUGAUUUGGUUUUUCUUAUGGAGGUUUAAAAAGGUCCAAUCUGGCAACCCUUGUAGAUAGCGUAUACAGAGAGAGAGAGAGAGAGAGAGAGAGAGAGAGAGAAAGAGAAGUCGCUCGGCCCCGGAUUGCAGCCCAGUGUUUUCUUCUUUAUCAUCCACCUCUCCAUUGGCUGUCAAGUUCCAAUCCCGGGAUAUGAGCUUUACCGUCUGUACGCGUUUCCUCAGGCGUGCACGGACCUUCAGGCUCUGAGGUCGACUUCCCCCCAUCUCCCCCCCACCCCGGACCGUCAAGUUCGGGAUUCGAAAAACUUUUCUCGCGUUCAAGGAAGCGAUUGGGAGCCGGACUUCUUUUUUUCUUCUUUCUCCUUUUUUUUUUUUUUUACUUCUUCCACUCCAACAUCUGAUGUGUUUUCGGGACAUGUUAGAAGCGUCGCAUCAACGAGCUCCAGGAACGGGAACCCUCUAAGCCCCUUCAGCUGAGAAGGGAAGCGCGCGCGCGCGCCGCCGCCGUCGUCUCGAGCAGGCUCGGGGCUCGAGCGUCGGACUGCAAGUUUGAAUUUUAACCGAAUUAACGGUCGCGUUUAUUUAGCCGCCAUUUUCUUUUUUUUUUUAGUCUUUUAGGUUAAUUUCUGAUUAUUUAUUUUAUUUUUUGGGAUAAAAAGUGAAACCUAGUCUCCGUUUCAAAGCCGUGUGUGUGUGUGUGUGUGUGUGUGUGUGGAGGGAAAGGGGAGGGGGGGUAAAAAAAAAAAAUCUGCAAAGUUAGCAGAAAAAGGAGGUACCCGAAUCACGGAAAUCGCUUCUCCUCCUUCAUCCAUCCUUCCCUCCUGUUUCUUCUGACGCCUUCCGAUGGAUUUCAUACAAGCAACACGUUUACUUUUACACCUUCUUAAGGGCUAAAUGAUUAGCUAAUAAUCAAAAUAAAUAAAUAAGAGAGAGAGAGAGAGAGUUUUGUCCGCCCUAAUCACUCAUCACGAAGGAGCGACGAUGAAAAGGCGCCGGAGGCUCCUCCGUGUUUUCCACCUGAGCUCUUCAGAGAACUUCCAUCACUGUCGCGUUAUCCUAUGACAACAAACUUUUUGAAUAUCUAAUAUAUAACCUCCUCUAUCACCUGGGACCUCUAAAAACAAUGGCGUCGUCAUUAUAUUUUCUGGACUGAUGGUAACGUCCUUGUCAGCAUUACACAACUGACUGUGGCGCUUCUUUUUGCUAGGACUUUUUACACAGGUUUUUUUGUUCGAUCUGCGCAUGCGCGAGGAGAGGUCACGUGCUCGGAGCCCGCGCGUUUCAGGCUGUUAAUGGGUGGCGUCAAAAGUCCGAGUGUGUGAAGACUUCACCUCCGAGUUCAGAAGAGGACGCACACACAUCCACACACAGGCUGCCAAAAUGAAUGAGAGACAGGCUCUCCAUUCCAUAAUGAAGGACCUGGUGGCACUACAGAUGACCAGGCGGCAGCCCGUGCCCACUUACGACACGGCCAAAGCCAAGCCUGCUAGCACUGCCAACACGUCUAACAGACAGGACGAUGUCCGAAUCAAGUUUGAGUUCUGCGGAGAGAGAAGGAUACUGAUGUUCAGUCGGCCUGUGCAGUUCGAGGAAGUCCAGCAAAAGGUCAAGACUGUCUUCGGGCAGCAGUUGGACCUGCAAUAUAUGAACAACGAGAUGUCAAUCCCGCUGCAUGGCCAGGACGACUUGAACAAAGCUAUUGACCUGCUGGACCGCAGCUCGAACAUGAAGAGCAUAAAGAUCCUGCUGCUGGCAGAAGAGCACAGCAAUGUCUCGUCAACACAUCACUCUGGCUGCAAGCAGGUUCGAAUCAAAGCCUCACAGUCCAUGGGGGACGUGAGCACGGCGUAUCAGGCGGCCGAGACCAGGGGACGCCACCCGUCCACCAGUUCUCAGAACACAGGGCGGAGCUCUCCUCCUCCUGGCUACGUUCCGGAGCGACAGCAGCGAAUCGCGCCAGGAUCCUACACCAGCAUUAACAGUGAGGGAGAGUUCAUACCUGAGACAAGCGACCAGUGUGUGAUGGAUCCUUGGAGCAGUGCGGAAAACUCCAUAUCCGGAAGCUGCCAAUCUCUCGACAGCAACUCAGAAAGCCCUUCACUUCGGAAGUCUCGCAUGCACAGAGCCAGAAGUUACCCAGAUAACAGACAGGAUUGUGCAGACAGGGAGAAUCACGUGUAUGACAAGAUUAUAGCUAAAGGAGGGACGUACCCGCGGAGGUACCCGGUCUCUCCGCAUCACAAAGACCUCAGUGAGGGUCGGCGCACGUUUCCACGGAUACGGCGUCCCCAGGGGAACCUGUUCACACUGGUGCCGUCACGACGCUCGCUCAACGGCAGCGAGGAGAGUCUCGGAAGCUGGCAGCUGGUGGACGCGCACUCUCGGCUCCGCCCCAAAGACCGCCCACUUCCUCACAAGUCACCCACAGCUCCGCUGACCUGGAGGAGAGGGAAACUCCUGGGUCAAGGUGCAUUCGGCCAUGUUUAUCUCUGCUACGACGUGGACACCGGACGGGAACUGGCAGCUAAACAGGUCCAGUUUGACCCAGCAAGCCCAGAGACCAGCAAGGAGGUCAGCACUCUGGAGUGUGAGAUCCAGCUGCUGAAAAACCUGCACCACGAGCGCAUCGUGCAGUACUACGGCUGCCUGCGGGACCUCAGCGAGAAGACCCUGACCAUCUUCAUGGAGUACAUGCCUGGGGGCUCGGUAAAAGACCAGCUGAAGGCCUACGGGGCUCUAACGGAGAACGUGACUCGGAAGUACACCAGGCAGAUCCUCGAGGGCAUGUCCUACCUGCACAGCAACAUGAUCGUCCACAGGGACAUUAAAGGUGCCAACAUCCUGCGGGAUUCUGCAGGGAACGUAAAACUCGGAGACUUCGGGGCCAGCAAGCGCCUGCAGACCAUCUGCAUGUCAGGCACGGGCAUGCGCUCGGUCACCGGGACGCCGUAUUGGAUGAGUCCGGAGGUGAUCAGCGGAGACGGUUACGGACGCAAAGCAGACGUGUGGAGUCUCGGCUGCACCGUGGUGGAGAUGUUGACGGAAAAGCCCCCCUGGGCGGAAUACGAAGCCAUGGCGGCCAUCUUUAAAAUCGCCACCCAGCCCACGAAUCCCAUGCUGCCGUCGCACAUCUCCGAGCAGACCAGAGACUUCAUCCGGCGCGUCUUCGUUGAAGCCAAACACCGUCCAACCGCAGAGGAGCUGCUCAGACACCCGUUCUCGCAGAUCUUCUGCGGAGCGAACUGCUGAAAGGAAGUCCAAUCCAGACCAGGAAGUUGUAUUUUAUGACAUGCUGAUCAAUCAGUGAUAGCAGUGACAAAGCAGACUGAAAGCACAACGCGCAGCUGGGCAUCGUCAAGAGCGGUUACAUUUACAGCUAUCUUUUUUUUUUUUUUUUUUUUUUCCCCAUUAACGGUAUUGCUGCACUGUUCAAUGUGUACCAGCAGGGGACAGCACAAGACAGAAAGUGCACUGUUACAGGGAUUUGAGUUCAGCAGUAGGGAAAGGACAUAUUGUGCAGUCGCUGUCUUCCAAAAAAAAGAAAAGUUUAAUCAGGUUUACUGAACCUCUGCUCAAAGGUUCUCAGGUUCCUCACUUGAGACUGCUGAUGAUCCAGAAAGCUGAACUAGAUAACAUGAAAGCUACAUAUUAGCCGGUCUAUUUUCUGGACUAUAAGAUGCACUAGUUUGCAAUCAGUAAAUGUUAUAUAUUUGAUAAUGUACUGUAUUAAACCUAAGUUGAUUUUUAGCACAAAUUUAUUAUAUACAUUUUAUAUAUAAAUAUUAUUUAUAAUAUUGCUGAAAGAUGUACAGCUGUGUGUGUGAAACAUCUGCAUACCAGCGUCAAGCUCACAGUACAGAUAAUCUAUAAAUAAAACAGCAUCAUAUAGUAACGCAAUGCAGAACUUUUUUCCAAGACAGCUUUUAGGUUGGCGUUGCGUUCUAGUCCAGAAAAUAUGGUACCUGAUAUGAGUGUUAAUAUCGUAAACAAAGCUGCCAAAUGAAGACGAGAUUAUCACCUAAAACACCAAAGCGAAAGAUUAACAAAUAACAAAGGUUGAAGUAUUAAUGUUAAAUAUGUUUUAGUGAUCGCUUCAACUUACAAUAUCAUUAUACCUUUUGGUUGUGGCCUUUUAACUGAAAUGGUGGAGUCUGGGAACGUUUAUUUUGUUCUGGCUGCCAGUUUUUGGAGGCCUUAAAUCAAAAUAUUUGUAAUAGUGGAGCUUCAGCAGUCACAGGUAGGAAAUAAAACAGACCCAAACUCACAGUUCAGGGAUCCUUUUACAUUAGUCUGAAGUUUUUUUACUUAAUGUAACGUCACAUCGGUUAGCACCAGAAGUGUCACUCGUUCAAGCCAAAGAACGUGCGAAACGCCAAAGAUCUCCCGAACAUCGCAUUGGUUUCUGUGGUGUUUAAAGCACAUUUAUAUGAAUCCCAGGAGGAAAAAAAUCCGUUGUGCCUUCAGCUCGGUGCGGAAGUGUUUCUUUUUCCGAUGCACUUUUGUAUAAACGAUUGUUUGUUGUUUUUACUACAAUUUCAUGUUUGGUUUUGUUUGUUUGUUUGUUUAUUUUUUAUUUUUUUCCAUUUCAAUGCCAAAGUUUCCAUAAUGUGAAAUCUGUUUCACUUUUUUAUUUUUUAUUUUAUUUAUAUUCCAGUGCCCAGCUGUCAGUUUUUUGUUUGUUUCUUUUUUUUUUUUUUACAUACACAAAUAUUCAUAUAUAAAUAUAUUUUUAUAUCAAUUUUUUUAAUCUACAGAGACAGACGACGUGUUUUCAAAAUUCCGGAACACGAAACAAAACGAGGUGGUGUUCGAAAACCCCAGAACAAAAAAAGGAACAAUGUUAGCAGCUGGUUUUGCAAAGACAUUUUGUACAUUUCGGGAGUGGAAACGGCGCUCUGGAGGGUCAACCCAAGC